AUGGCAGUGUCGGCAGGAGCCAAGAAGGCGGGGACCGACGCGCUGCGGGCCGCUGGUGCUGACGUUACGGACGACGACGUCGCUGGCCUCGUCCUGAAGGUGAGGUCGACGCUGAACGCGGGGCGAGCCCCCCGUUCGAAGCUGGACGAGGCACGACGACUGGAGUCAGCGCUGGACCCGGUGGCCGUCCGCCUGGCGCUGGGGAACCCCGAGGUCCCGGGCUCCGAGAUGGCCGAGGCCCUCUGGGGGUUCACAGAGGCCGCCACAUACGCCACGCAGGCGGAGAGUCGGAUCAGGCGAGUGGCGGCCGACACCGAUGGCUGGGAAAAGAUCGCGGAUCGGAUCUGGGCCCGUGCAGUCGGCGACGACGGUGGCACGCUGCCCACCGACUGGCUGCUGCACCUGGGCAUAGGGCUCCUCCUGUCCAGCCUGGUGGUGGUGCUGGGGGCCGACUCCGGGCGGCACCGCCUGGCAGGCGCAGCUGUAGGGCUGUGUGGUACCGUCCUGCUCGUACGGCGCGUGCCCGAGCGUGUGGUUGCCUGGUGGGCACGCUGGAGGCGGCGCUCGGCCUUCGCCGCGGCGCUGAGCAGCGGCGGGGACGGCCUGGACCUGACCGCCGCCGAGGACGACAGCGCGGCCUGGGACGCGCCGGGGGCCCCGACGACCAAGGGGGGCGGCUCGGGGGCCGCGGAGGUACCUACGGGCCCGCUGCACCCCCCGGGGCUCGCAGCACUGCCGCCUCCGCCAUGGGCCCCACCUGCCGAAGGCGCGGGCGCGGGCGCCGCGACGGCGAAGCCCGGCGCGCAGGACCUGGCGGCGCUGCGGGCGUUCGGCCAGGGGAGCGAGGUGCCAGGCCCCUUCAGCCAGACGGCGGCCCUGCAGCAGCAGCAGCAGCAGCAGCAGCCACAGCCGAACCCAGAGGUGGCCGUGCCAGCGUCGGGGCUCAGCUUCCACGCGCCUCAUGCUCCUGCAGACGCGGUGAGGCUAGGGCGCGAGGUGCAGAUGGUGGGCGCCACGCUGCGCGAGUUCCAAGCGCAGGCGGCCACGAACGUGUACUGGGCCUGGCACUUCUGGGAGAGAAUCGCGGCUGUGGAUGGCUCCCUGGGGCUGCACCCUGACCUCCGACGAGUGCUGCAGACCCACGGCUACGUGGGCGCGGGAACGAAGUCCCCGCCAGGAGGAUCGCUGCAGCAGGAGCUGGACGCGCUGCUCUCCUCCUCCACGGCGCCGCACGGCGGGGGCAUGCACGCCUCCCCUGGGUGGGCCGUGGCCCCGCAGACCCGGCAGCAGCAGGAGGACAGCCGAUGGAACCUCAGCCUCCCGCCGGACCUGCGGCGCGCGGCGCCGGAGAUCUACCGCACCAUGCGGGGCGCGGGGGCGGCUAGCGCACGCGACUGGCUGUCGCAGGAAGUGACGGGCCAGCGACACACGGCGGUCUGGACCGACCUGUGGACUGCCGCCACCAACGUGGACUACUUGCUGGGCGGGUGCAAGACCCAGUCCGAGCUGCUCACCCGCCUGGCGUCCGACGAUGCGCUGGAGCUGCACCUGAGGCGGCUGGCGAGCUACGUCUACGAGAUGCGGACGAAGGACAAGGUGGGGGCGGCGGCCAUGCUGGCUGUCCGCCCGCCCGGGUCGGCCGCCGACUUGGCUCCCACAUGGCUGGUGACCGAGGCCACGACCCACAGCAAGGCUGAGCACCAGCGCGACGAGAGGGUCCAUGCCGCCAGCAAGCACGACGGCCGAGGUGCCCCGUGGCCGCGGGUGCAGCCUAGAAUGCCAGUGACGGGUUUGCCUGGCUCGCUGACGCGGGCCCUGCAGUGGAAGGAGGCCGAGGCCAGGUUGAGGACGCGCUGGGCUCGACGCAUGCGUGUGUGGCGUCGGGCCUGUGGGCUCAUCGAGCUCAUGAACGGGAUGGACCGCGGAUCCCUGGAGGCGAGACCAGCGGGCCAGCGCGAGUCGAGCGACGACGACAUGAUGCUGGCCUGGCAGCUCGUGCAGCAGUAUGCGUUACAGGACGCAGCGCGGUACGAGCGCGACUGCCGGGGGCUUGCCCCGACAGGCGGUCAAGGGACGGAUCUUGCCUGCGACAGAGGACCGCAGGACGCCUACACUGGAGAGCGCAAGGGUGUGAGCAGGCACGUGAUGAUGUGCGCAGCGGCGGUUGCAGAACCUCCUGACGACAUGGUCGUGGACCUGCUGGAGGCGCUGCCUGACGGCGAGCGCCAGUACUACUCGGACGAGCUGAACGUUCUGGACUACAGCGGCAAGGCACUGCUGGGUGUGGGCGCACGCUUGGGGGCGCUCGCGGGCGCCGCGGCUCCCGCCGACGGCGAGGCCAGCGGUGUGCCACGCACCUCGCCGCCCGAGGACGGGGGGCUGGAGGCUGGCGACCGCGGGGAUGCCGGACCUGAGGACGCACAGCAGCAUCGCUACGACGACGACUGGCUCGGGCAGCAGUCCAGCUGCCGUGCCGCGCCGCCUAGCCCGACGGGCUACAGCGUGGCGGAGUGGCUAGAGGCCGUGAGGCGGGCGAAGAGGGACGACGAGCGUGUGAUGGUGGUGAUGCAUCUCUUCGCUGGCCGUCGUCGGCGUGGUGACGUUCAGGAGGUGGUAGAGAGGCUGGCGAAGGAGCGGAGCCUGAGGUUGCUCUUCCUUUCCGCCGAUCUCCUGGACGACCCGCGGUGGGACCUGGCCAACCCCUCCACCUUCUCCGCCUUGAUGGAGCUGUGCGAGGGCGGCUGGGUGGACAUCGUACUUGGCGGCCCGCCCUGUUCGACCUGGUCGCGGGCACGCUACAACCGUCGCCGACCUGGGCCGCCGCCAGUGCGCUCGCGGCGGUGCCCCUGGGGGCUGCCAGGUCUCAGGGCCUGGGAGGCCGCUAGAGUCGCGGAGAGUAACACCCUGACGCUGAACCUGUUGGCGCUCUGCGAGGCGUGCGGCCAGAGUGGCGGCGCCUUCCUCAUCGAGCACCCGGAGGACCCAGGGCAUGCGCCCUACCCAUCCAUUUGGAACACGACGGAGAUGCUGGACUUCGAGACGAGGCGCUCGUCUCGGAGAGCGUGCCUGGACCAGUGCAUGCUGGGCGGACGGACGAAGAAGCCCACAUGCCUGAGCGGCACGCUGCAGGGACUGAAGGACCUGGAUGAGCUGCGGUGUGACGGGUCCCAUGCCCACGAGACGGCCGAGGGCAAGUUGGCCGACGGCACCUUCCGCACGAGCCCACUGGCCCAGUACCCCGAGGGGAUGUGCGAAGCGCUGGGCUCCUUGGUUGUCCAGACCCUGGCCAUCUUCGAGCAGACCGGUUUGGGCGGCACCGGGUGGCGAAGGCCGCCGGAGGCCGACAGGUCGGUCACCGCCUGGAGCUCGCGGAGCACUACGGCACCCGCGGUGGCCGUGCGGAACGAGGACGUGCUUCGCGGUCGUGGGCUGGUGCUGGACGGGCCGCAGAUGGCCUUCUACCUGCAUGUCGACGACGGGGUGGUGAUGGCCGGUGGCAGCGGCUGUGGCCCACGGGCCACUGGGAAGAUGCACCAGCUCGCGGAUGCCCUGGCCGAGGCCGGCUUCGUGGUCACCGACCGCACGGAGGCUAGCGACAUGCAGAAGGUGCUGGGCUACGCACCACAGGCGCGUCCAGCGCAGCUGCGCUUGCCCCCGAAGAGGGCACGGGAGCUGGUGCAGCAGCUGGAGGAGAUGGGCGCCACCCGCACCCUCCACACCGAGGAGCUGCGCUCGCUCUUGGGGGUGUGGAUCUGGGGCGCACUACUUCGGAGGGAGCUGCUAUGCAUACCCAGCGCCGUCUUCAGGCUCCUGGAGAGGCACCCGCACCAGCGGGUGUGUACCUGGGCGACCGUCCGCAGGGAGCUGCGAGCUAUGGCUCGGGUAGUCCCGCUGAUGUACGCUGACCUGGGAGCCCCGCCAGCCCCCGUGUAUUUCGCGGCGGACGCCAUGGGCGCCAACGUGGAGGACGACGGCGGCUGGGGCAUCCUGGUGACCGACAUGAGCGAGGACAUCGCGAAGGACUUCAUCGACACGGGCGGCAACUUGGGCUACACCGUGGCGCGACUGGACGGCGAGCUCACUGGAUUGCGGCGCCCCGAGCAGGUCAUCCGACGGACGAAGCCCUUCAGCCUCCUGCCCGAUCGCGUGUUCAAGCCCGACGAGGACUGGACGAUCGUAGGAGCGGGGAGGUGGCGGACGGCCGACCACAUCACGCUGGGCGAGGGGCGCUGCGUCGUGAAGAUCAGUAGACUGGCGGCCGCCACUCCUGCCCUCCACCGCACCGUGCUGCCGAUCCUGGAGGACAACCAGCCAGUCUCAGGCGCGGUAUGCAAGGGCAGGAAGCUGGACAGCACUUCUGUUGAGAAGGUUAAGCCGCACACCCUGGCGGCCUACAGGGCAGCGGCUAUGAAGUUCGUGACCUACCUGGACGAGCACGGCUUCGUCCCCGACGGGCCCGAGCAGUGGGACGACCUGCUUGUCGAGUACAAGAACGACAUGCAGAUGACCAAGUGCAAUUUCGAGUACGCCGUCGCGGCGGUGGAGCGUCGGCUCAAGCAGUUUGAAGCAGCCUUGGGCCUCGACAUUCACUGGACGCCUCACUCGGCGCGCGCAGGGUUCGCCAGCGAUUCCGUGGCUCGUGGUGUCCCCUUCCAGGACAUCAAGGAGGCAGGACGGUGGCUCACAGAGUCCAGCCUCCGCAUCUACGUGGACGUUGUCACCGCCUCCAGGGUCCUGGCUCAGGCUGAGCAGCGAGGAAUCGCACCGCUCAUCCGCGAGGCGGCCGAGAAGCUGCCCAACUACUUCCCGGAGGGCAUCUUCGGCGAGGGUGAGGGCAUCCAGCAUGCCGCCAGCGGGCUGGCGCAAGGGGAGUCCCUCCAGCGCCGCUGGCGGGGGGCCGCCGGGUGGCCUCACCAGCACCCCGAGCGGCGCUAG